ACUGUCCUUACUAAAAUGUCCACAAUCUGUUAUCAGCACGAUAACAAGAUACGUGAUAACAUACUCGAUUACAUGCCAGUGGCGUGUGUGCUGCUAACGGUGGUGGAACUAAACAUGAGCUCGUCGCAACCAUAGACAAUGGAGAAUGAGACCAUCAUAAUAGUGAGCGUGUUCGGCGCGGCGUGGGUGGUGCUGUUCCUCAUGGCUGUGGUGCUAUUCGUCCAGGUGGCCAGCCUUAAACGGAGGGUCUCCGACAUGAAGACCACUGGCAGGCUGAGAGUCCAGAAACUCAAAAUGAACAAUGACAAAAACCACGCAUUCCACAACCCGGGUCUCGUGCCGGAUGAGGAGCUGUCGAGGCGAGGGUUCGCCAUGUACGCGCCCGACGACGUGGAGGCGAACACGGGCUCGCGGCCUGACCCAUACCGACAGACGGAUGGGCACUUCGUAGAAGAAUUGACUCGAGAACUGGACACCAGGCAUCAGAAGCAAUCAACGGCUCCUCCCUUCUUGCUGCAAAGCAUAGAAGAGAACAAGAGGAAGGGCAGGAAUUACAAUAACUUGACUAACAGCCGGCAGAGCCAAACCAACCCUAACUUCAUCUACUGAGGGUACAAAACAGUCUGACACGUCAGUGAUGAGGACGCAACGUCACUUACUUGCCAGACAUCGUGCUAAUGCCGGACAAGUUAGUGAAGCAUUGAGUGAAAUCACAUUAAAUUUCUUUUAACCAAUUUUCAUGAGAAAAUUGUGAUAAAAGGAUGUAAGUAGUUUAAGUAUUAUUUUUUAUUAAUUUAAGAAUUAAAUUAUAAUCAUACCUACUUAAAA